AUGGCAGAGAGGAGAAGCGACGGCAAUCGCGUAAAGCCUUCCCAUGCGAGGGCGAAGUCGGAUCGCGCUACUAUGCCUGGGAACCUCGUCUCCCCACCCAGCUCCAAUACUCCUCCGACAGUCAGAACGAAAUCACAUAGCUUACACACCGGCCCCGAACCCGCGAAGUUUCGAUCCCGGCUUGGCUCCGAACCCAUCAAUGCAGGCGCCCUCGCCAAAGCGCUGAAGGACUUUGAGGAUGUGGGUCGACAAAGGGAAAGGACACCGGGAACAAGCCCUUGUCGGAAGAGACAGAGAGUCUACGGCGAUAGAUUUAUUCCCAACCGCGAAGGCCAAGAUUUGCAAGCGAGUUACAGUUUGCUGCACGAAGAUGGUUGCCCUUCCACCCCGUCAAAGACAAAGAGGCGGCCUCCGCACGGGGAGAUACAUUUCCAACGAAGUAAGGGCUCUAUCCGCAUUUUGGCGAAUUACUUGUCUGACGAAUUUGAUGUAGCGGAAGAAGCCAAUCGUACAUAUUCUCGAAUUCUUCGAAACGAAUUCUUUGGCGACAGCAUUCCACAAUCCGAUUUAAACACGCUCUCUCCCGAAGCAACGACCACAUAUACGACCUCACACGAUCCUACUCGCUCACACACCCCACCCUCAUACAAAGCCGCUUCUUCUUUACCUCCUGCAAGCAUCACUCCCUCGACGCCAAGCAAGAAUCUCUUUUCCUAUUCCUCUCCUAGAAAGGCAUCUGAAAACCCCACGCCGUCCAGAACUCCCCAUAGUGGCUCCAAUUUCAAUGCCCGUUCCGACAUCUACAGCUUAUCCCCAAUACGAUUCGACAGCCAGCGAAUGUUACAAGGCCUCCGUAAACAACCAAGAUAUAUAAACAAAGUACCGUUUAAAGUCCUCGAUGCCCCAGAAUUAGCAGAUGACUUUUACCUCAAUCUGGUCGACUGGGGGAGUACCAACAUCCUGGGUGUUGGACUAGGUGCAGCGGUUUAUAUGUGGGAUUCGGUGAAUGGCAAUGUCACGAAGUUAUGUGAAUUAAAGGAUGACACCGUCACUAGUGUCAGUUGGAUUCAGAGAGGGACGCACCUGGCUAUUGGUACAGGUCGAGGCUUUGUUCAAAUCUGGGAUGCCGAAAAUUGCCGGCGGUUACGAACCAUGACUGGCCAUACCCUUAGAGUAGGGGCGCUUGCUUGGAAUGAUCACAUUCUCACGUCUGGCUCACGGGAUCGAAUAAUCUAUCAUCGCGAUGUUCGCUCGCCCGAUCAAUACCUUCGUCGAUUGACGGGCCACAAACAAGAAAUCUGCGGGCUUAAAUGGAAUACCGAAGAUGGGCAGCUUGCCUCUGGUGGGAAUGAUAACAAGUUAUUAGUUUGGGAUAAACUCAGUGAAACCCCCUUGUACCGAUUUUCCGACCAUAACGCUGCCGUGAAAGCUAUUGCCUGGUCACCGCAUCAACAUUCGUUACUCGCCUCCGGCGGGGGUACCGCUGAUCGAACCAUUAAAUUCUGGAAUACCGCCACUGGGAGCUUGAUCAAGGAAGUCGAUACAGGAAGCCAAGUGUGCAAUCUGGCCUGGUCAAAGAAUUCCGACGAGAUUGUGAGCACUCAUGGCUACAGCCAAAAUCAGAUAGUUGUCUGGAAGUACCCCCGCAUGGAGCAAAUUGCGUCGUUGACGGGCCACACCUUCCGCGUCCUUUAUCUGGCAAUGAGUCCAGAUGGUCAAACCGUGGUGACAGGCGCCGGAGAUGAAACCCUCCGGUUCUGGAAGAUAUUCAAUAAAAAGGGGCUUAAGGAUCAAAAUCGCGAGAGCAAAUUGUCUGGGUUGACGACGAUCCGGUAG